AUGGUCGACAAUCGCAUUGACUCUACAGGCAAGGAUCACAAAGACAACAUGGCCAUCCCCCUCGGCAUCACAGCCUUCUGCAGGCUCCACCCCUAUGGCCUCGAGCGACCCGUGGACGUCAAGGCCAUCGAUGCGCGCAUCGGACGUCGCGCGCCCUCGGCUCUCGCCCACCUGACGAGGGCCGUCUACGUGCCGUGGCACCGCGACACGACGACCCAUCUACCGCUCUACAACAUUAGCAGCGAAUAUCAUGACACCAUCCGCGAUGCGCAGGUCGGUGGAACCGAGUUCAAGACCAAGCUCUGCCUGAUGCGGAAACCGACGGGGCGACCUGGUCAGGGCGACGUCGGCUUCCUCGUGGACAUGGAUGCGCAGGGCAGCUGGGUCGCCGUGAGCGAGAGGAAGCUAGGCAUGGGUGAGGAGGCGGUGCUGUCAAUGCCUCCUACUGUGCACGACGACCCCGCCACAAUCCAGCACGACACGCUCACGUAUUCCAUGCCACCACCCACCUUCCCCCUCCCCAGCAAGAGGACAGCGUCCGGACUCUGCACACACCCUCACUUCACGCUCACCGGGGGACCACGGCCCCUCGAGUGGCAGAUCCACCCCGUCGAGCUGGGCGGCCUGUGCUACGUCCUCGUCGACACGUCCGUGCCGGGCGGCAUGUUUGCGAGCGACGACACCAUUGUCGCCGUGUACCACCACGCCCACUUUGAGGCGGCGUUGCCCAAGCACUACAGCGAGGGGGUGCUCCUGCUGCACGGGCGGCCGGAUGUUGAGGACACUGUGGUCGUGGCCAGCUUGAUGCGUGUGCUGCGGUAUGUGAGGCGUGACGAGAAGAAGGAGAUGAAGGAGAAGAAGAAGAAGAAGAUGAUGAUGACGAGGUCUGGCGUGGGCAGGCUCAGGAGGGUAUGGCACAGGCUGUGUUAA